AUGGUCUCUUACUUCGCAUUAGAUGCCACAGGCGAAGUAACAAAUUUUCAAAAGGAAAUUUCCAAUAUGAUGCAUGGUUUCGGCGACAAUCCUAAUCCAAAUGCAGCCACUGUAGUGUUAGUUGAAUUCAUUGUGCACCAGCAGCUUAAGACUAUGAUACAGGAAGCUUUUCAAUGCUCCGUACUCCGAGGAAGUAAGGUGAUAACAAAUUUUGAUAUUAUAUAUCAAAUGAGAAAGAAUGUUUUGAAGUUGAGACGCUUGUAUGAAUAUCAAAUAAAACUGGAUAUGAUAGAUAAAAAAUGCCAAUUGACUAUUCCUACGACUCCAAAUGACCAUAAUAAUCCGCUCAUAUCUGGUAUUAUUUUGGAGGAUGGGAGCGACCCGACUUUCAAAAAGCGAAGAACACACAUAGAUUGCAUUAGAGAAAUUGAUGAGUUUGAUGAAGUAAGUUCAAUAAAAUAUGAUACCAUAGACCACUUGAGAAAAGUAAGGGCGGCAAAAAUUACAGAGUCUAUGACAUUUGAAAAGUAUGAGGCUUACCAUAAAGCUAGAUGUGCAUCAUUUCGCUCUGCCUAUGGACUUGGCAAAGGUUUUGUUAAGUUAGAAAGGUGGAUUAAUCCUACUAAAGAAUUUAAAUUAAUGAAUUCUGCAUUGGAAGUGUUAUGCUUCGUUGCAUAUGAAAUUGUUGCAGAGCUUGUCGAUGCAGUUUUCCUAAUCCGUCAGGAUGCUAAAAAGAAGACUGGAGAUCCGUUUAGUAAAUUUGAAGGAGGACAUUUUUGUAACCCAGUCAGUUUAAGUAAUGCAGUGUAUAUAAAGUCUGGGUACGAAGGUGUGCCUGCUAUAACGGUUGCAGAAGUGAGAGAGGUAUUGAGAAGAUAUUUUUGUCCAAAGAUAGGGAUGAACGGAUUGUUUUAUAGGAAUAUGGGUAUGGAUUUGCCUAUUAGGUUUAUAUCACAUUAA